AUGGAUUCCCCCCAUUUUCCUUCAUUUGCAUCUCUCCGAGUUCUUCUCUUUGGUUUCUGGGUUAUAGCAUUGUUUCCCGAGUUUGUAGUCAGCAUCACUAGGCACUACACAUUUAAUGUGGAGUACCUGAAUGUCACUAGAUUGUGCCACACAAGGAACAUUCUGAGUGUGAAUGGGAAAUUCCCAGGACCUCGCUUGGUAGCAAGGGAAGGUGAUAGGGUCGUGGUUAAGGUGGUUAACCAUGUCUCAAACAAUGUAACCAUUCAUUGGCAUGGUAUCCGCCAGAUAACAAGUGGGUGGGCUGAUGGACCAGCAUAUGUGACACAGUGUCCUAUACAAACAAACCAGUCAUACACAUACAACUUUACCAUAGUUGAGCAGAGAGGGACUCUGCUUUGGCAUGCUCACAUAUCAUGGCUAAGAGCAACCAUUUAUGGACCCAUCAUCAUCCUCCCCAAGCACAAUGAAUCUUAUCCAUUCCAGAAACCAUACAAAGAAAUCCCCAUUCUUUUUGGGGAAUGGUUUAAUGUUGACCCAGAAGCUGUCAUAAGUCAAGCCCUGCAGACAGGAGGAGGACCUAAUGUUUCAGAUGCAUACACCAUCAAUGGACUUCCUGGGCCUUUGUAUAAUUGUUCCUCUAAAGGUACAAAACCAAGUCUUCUAACGUUGGAUCUUGAAAAUAUCAUAUGA